GAACUUUGCCCGCGUCUCUGAAGCUCCGCCCCAGCCCUUGAGGGCGUGGCCUCAAGCCGCGCCCCUCCAUCGCGGGGAGAUUCACCGCGCGCGUUUCCGCCGCGCUGCCCCAGGAGUUCCAGCGGCUCGGGGGCUCCGCGCGACGGCGGGGUCCGGCGGUGCCAGCGCGGGGUGGCUCCCGAGCAGGGCCUGACCUCCCGCCCUCCGAGGCGAUGCCGCGUAGGCCGCCGACGGUCCGCUCGGGGAACAAGCCUUCUCCCGCGCUCGCCAUGGAGCCGGCUGACGACGGGCCCUGGGCCUACAGCCGCGCGGCGCUCGCCCGCCUGGAGAGGCUGCUGCGCUGCUCCCGCUGCGCUAAUAUUCUGAAGGAACCCGUGUGCUUAGGAGGAUGUGAGCACAUUUUCUGUAGUGUUUGUAUAAGUGACUGUGUUGGAUCAGGAUGUCCAGUAUGUUACACCCCAGCCUGGAUCCUAGACCUCAGGAUAAACAGACAAUUGGACAGCAUGAUCCAGCUUUAUAGUAAGCUUCGAAAUUUGCUACAUGACGAUAAACUUUCAGAUCCCAAAGACAACACAUCUAGGGCAGAUUUAUUUGGUAAUGCAGAAAGGAAGAGGAAUUCAAUUAAAAUGUGGUUCAGUCCUCGAAGGAAGAAGGUUAGGUACGUGGUGAGUAAAGAGUCAAUGGCAACUCAGCCUGGAAAGGCAGAGGGUGGCAGAACCCAAGGAGCCUCCAUAUAUGACUUUGUCUCUACAAGUCCCCCUGAAGUUGUUUCUAAGAGGGCCAAAGCAGCUUCUAGAACAUCUGCAAAAAAGCAGCAGAAGAAAUCUUCAGCUGAGAUUAACCAGGAGGGGAAUUUAAGGCCAGAAACAGACGAUAGUAGGUUUGAUUCCAAAGAAGAACUGAAGGAGAACAAGGUUGUCUCCUGUAGCCGAACAUCAAUUGUGGAAAGUCCACAGGUACAUCGUGAAAUAGACUUAUUAGCCAGUGGUUCUGCUGCAGAGUCGGAAUGUUCUGGAGGAUUGACUCAAGUCUCCUUACCAUUGGCUGAGCGUAUCGUGUCUCCAGACACUGUGAGCAAGGAAGAGACACCUGAGAAGAAGGUCUGUGUAAAAGAUCUUCGUUCAAGAGAGCGUUAUAAAAAUCACAAAGGCUGCAGCAGGCUUCCCAGUCCUGUUUCUAAGAAUUGUGGGAGCAACGUUCUGAGUCCCAGUGGAGAUGUCAUUAAACCAGCAGUGCUUGCAGAAAAUAUGCUGUUGAUUGACUCUUCUUCGGCACCUUCAGACCAAUUUCAAGUUGAUGUCACACUCAGGAGACACAAUAACAUAUCAGAUGACUCCCUCAGCCUUUCACCGGGUGUACCCCCACCUCUGCUGAAUAAUUCAACUCACAGACAAAUGAUGCCAAGCCCCUCCACAGUGAAGCUGUCACCCAGUAUUAUGGCCGGGAAGAGAAAUCACAGAGGAGAGACUUUGCUUCAUGUUGCUUCUAUUAAGGGUGAUAUACCUUCUGUUGAAUACCUCUUGCAAAAUGGAAAUGACCCAAAUGUUAAAGACCAUGCUGGAUGGACACCAUUGCAUGAAGCCUGCAGCCAUGGGCACCUGAAGAUAGUGGAAUUGCUGCUCCAGCAUAAUGCUUUGGUGAACACCACAGGCUAUCAAAAUGACACACCACUCCACGAUGCGGCCAAGAAUGGGCACAUAGAUAUAGUCAAGGUGUUAUUGUCCUAUGGUGCCUCCAGGAAUGCUGUUAACAUAUUUGGUGUACGGCCCGUGGAUUAUACAGACGAUGAAAAUAUAAAAUCAUUAUUGCUGCCACCAGAGAAGAAUGAAUCAUUCUCUACUAGCCAGUGCUCAGUCGUGACUGCUGGACAGCGAAGGAAUGGGCCAUUGGUGCUGAUAGGCAGUGGACUUUCUUCACAGCAGCAGAAAAUGCUCAGCAAACUCGAGACAGUUCUUAAGGCUAAAAAAUGUGCUGAGUUUGACAGUACAGUAACUCAUGUCAUUGUUCCUGAUGAUGAAGCUCAAAGUACUUUGAAGUGUAUGCUUGGGAUUCUCAAUGGAUGCUGGAUUCUGACGUUUGAAUGGGUGAAGGCUUGUCUGCACAGUAAACUACGUGAACAGGAGGAAAAGUACGAAGUUCCUGGAGGUCCACAGAGGAGCAGGCUCAACAGAGAGCAGCUGUUGCCAAAGCUGUUUGAUGGAUGCUACUUCUUUUUGGGGGGAAACUUCAAGCAUCAUCCAAAGGGCGACCUCCUUAAGCUCAUUGCUGCAGCAGGAGGGAAGGUGCUCAGUAGAAAGCCCAAGCCAGACAGUGAUGUGACUCAGACCAUCAACACAGUGGCAUACCAUGCCAGCCCUGAUUCUGACCAGCGCUUCUGCACACAGUACAUCGUCUAUGAAGAUCUGUUUAAUUGUCGCCCAGAAAGGGUUCGGCAGGGCAAAGUCUGGAUGGCUCCUUCCACCUGGCUUAUCAGCUGUAUAAUGGCCUUUGAAUUGCUUCCUCUUGACAGCUGAGUGUC